AUGAGGACCGUCAAAGGAAAAGGGCCAGAAAAUUGGCUCCCCCGCAACAUUGAAGCGCAGACUCCUACAAGUGAAAGUCACGAUAUCAACAUGUCGAAGGAGGUCUCCCUUUCAAAUCCCGAGCGGGAGUUUAUCCUCAAGGCUUUGGAAGAGGAUCAGCGACUGGACGGCCGCGAGGCUAAUGAAUACCGACCUCUGAAAAUUAGCUUCGGCGAGGAAUACGGCAAUGUGCACCUCUCGCUGGGCAAGACCAGCAUUGUCGUUCGAAUUGCAGCCGAAGUCACCAAGCCUCGCGAAGAUCGUCCUUUUGAUGGACUGUUUAACAUUUCUAUGGAAUUGACUAACAUGGGAUCUCCAGCUUGGGAAAAUGGACGAUCCAGCGACUACGAAGCCUCCGUCACCCACGUCCUCGACCGAGUCAUCCGCCAUUCCAAUGCUCUCGAUACCGAAUCACUCUGUAUCAUCAAGGGUGUUAGCUGCUGGAGCAUCACUGCCUACAUUCAUGUCAUCAACUUCGACGGCAACCUCACUGAUGCGGCCUGCAUCGCCGUUAUGGCUGGAUUGCAGCAUUUCCGCCGCAAGGAUGCCGUAGUUCGCGAUGGAAAGGUCAUGAUUUACGCAAUGGAAGAUCGAGUCCCCGUGGCCCUUAACAUCACCCACAAGCCUCUUUCGGUUACUUUCUGUUCGUUCAACAAUGGCAAGAAAAUCAUUCUCGACGCUACUCGCAAGGAAGAACAGGCCGCGGAGGGAGAGCUGGUGAUCGGUGUCAACAACGGCGGAGAAGUGUGCUACAUGUCCAAGAUCUCGGGAGCACCUCUCGGACCAAGGGCGAUUGUGAAGAGGGUCAAUCUCGCGAUGGAGAAGGUGAAGGAACUCAACGCCCAGGUGGACAAGGUGUUGCAGGUUGAACUCGCAAAACGGGCGAAACUCGGCAUGGCCGAUGAAUCGCGGGCUGCGAAUGACCGCUAA